CUCGCACAUAAUAACUGAUUAAGAGACCAAGCGGGCAAGGCGACCGAUUCCCUUUCCCUAGUAACCGCAACUCUGAUAUCGGGCGCCUACGGCUAGGAGGCUCACAAGGUGCUUACGUUGGGGUGUAGCCGACGAACAUGCGACCAACAACAUAUGAAGAGGCCUGGGUGAUGGAGAGCCGCAAGCUGUCCAACCUCGGCGCCGACGCGCUCGCGGCUGCCCUCUCCGACGAGGGCACCCGCCCCGACCCCUACACCGCCAAUAAGUCCAAGGCGUACUUUGCCGGCGGCGAGCUGCCCCCCAGCCACCUGCACUCGCCAUCCGCCGACCCCGUGCGGCGCCUGGCCGGCCGCGCCGCCACCAAGGCCGUCUCCCGCCACGAGCAGGAGAAGAGCGGGCUGGUGGGCUACGCCCAGGACCGCCUCGCCACCGUGCGCGCCUCCCUGGAGGCCUUCGGCUCCGGCAGCCUGGCCGCUGGCACCGGCGCCGCAGGCGGCGCCGCCUCACCCCGCAGCGUCACCGGCGCCGCCUUCUCCAGCCCCGGCUCCAGCCCUGAGCACGCGCACCCCUACGCCCAGCCGCACGCCGCCAACUGCGGGUGCGCCUCCUGCGGCGCGCGCGCCUCGCACCGCGCCGCCGCCGUGGACACGCUGGCCCACUACGGCGACUUCAUGGCCAUGCACACAGAGCGCCUGCACCGCGCCCUGGCCGAGCCCAACGCGAUGCACCUGGCACAGCGCUCCGGCUCGCUGCCGCACCCGCACCACCCGCAGCAGCACCAGCUGGACGAGGUGGAUGCGGCGUUGCUGGCCGGUGCCUACAGCGGCGGCCGCUACACAGCCGGCUCCUACACCGCACCGCCGGCGGGCUAUAAUGCAUACAGCUAUGAGUAUGGCCAAGGCGAGCGGGAGGAAGAGCAGGAGGAGCGGGAGGGCACUGAGGAGGACUCGGACGGUGAGGCGCAGCGGCUGCCGGCGUACGUGCUGCGGCGCUACAGCGAGGUGGCGGGUGUGCGGGAGAAGACCCUGGGCCGGGUGGCCAACGCACUGGCGGUGGCGGGGGGCAUGGGUGGCAAGCGCGGCGCGAAGGCACGCGCGGCGUCAGUGGGCCGGCAGCGUGUGCUGGCGGCGAGCCAGGGCGGCGUGCCGCCCACGCUGAAGGAGGUGUGGGGCGAGGACCCGCGACUGGCGGGGCUGGUGGCGGGGGCGGAGCUGGGGCCGAGCGUGGUGGCGUCGGCGCGGGCAGGGCCCAAGGGCACGCUGUCGCAGCGUGUGCUGGAGGCGCUGAAGCAGCGGGUGGGCGACGCGGCGGACCGGGCCGCGAUGCGGGAGGUGGAUCCAGACGAUGACUCGGCGCCGUCGGACCCUGACGAGGCGGCGGCGGAGCUGGACGCAGCCGGCAUGCCACGCGCCCGCCGCGACAUCGACGCCCGGCGUGUGGCCAAGGUGCGCCGCCACUCAGCCGUGCUGACGGGCGUGAGGGCUGCCAGCGCCGGAGGUGCAGGCAGUGGUGGCAGCGCUGCGCCGGCACGCGAGGUGGCGGCAUACGGCCGCGGCCUGAGUCGCUCCCUGCAUUCGGCGCUCGUCACCCGCAUGACCAGCGCUGGCGGCGCCGCCGCUACCGCCGCCGCCAGCCCCUCGCCGCGCCCCGCCGCAGCCAGCAACGCCAGCGCCGCCGUGCCCAACCCGCGCCGCGUGUCCAUCGCUGCCACACUGCGCGCCAGCGCUGGCGGCGCAGCCGCUGCCGCUGCCAGCUCACCGCGUGCUGCUGCCGGCCGCUCCGGCAACAGCCUCAGCCGGCGGCGCACGACGGCGGUGUCGGAUGAUGACAGCGAGAAUGAGUUCGCGCGACGGUUGACGGACGUGGGCGCGGGCAUGGCGGAGCAGCGCCGCCGCGUCACGCAGGCCAUGGCGCACACACUACGCAGCCUCGGCGGAGCAGCACCAAACGCGGCCCCGGAGGCGCUCUCAGCGCGCAGCUCUGGAGGUGCCGCCGUCAGCACUGGCGGCCGCGGUGGCAGCAGCGCUGGCUGGUACCUGACGGAGGUUCUCGCGGGUGCUGCGGCGGGGGAUGCGCACAGCGAGGGGCCGGACGGGGCGGUGCCGGAAGGCGACACGCCCGUGCAGCUGUCGCCCUCGCAGCGCCUGCCGCUGUCGCAGGUGUGGGCCCGGCGCAACAGCCAGUCGCGCGGGGGUGCGCCGGCGGGGCCGCGCGAGGCCGCAGCGCCCGUGAGCGCUGGCGGUGCCAGCGACAUGCGCUCACCGCGGCAGGCGCAGCAGCAGCGCCGCACCACGGCCGCCGCCUCCACGGCCUCAUCCAUGGGCAGCAGCCGGCGGCGGCUGACGUUCGAGGAUGAGCUCUACGCGCCCUCUUCGCCUGGCGGCUACCCAGCCGCCACCAACUCCCUGUCGCGUGAGGAUGCUCGGCUGCUGGCGGCGAUGCGGUCGGCUGCCGGCGACCAACAGCGCAUGGGCAUGCGAGCCACGUGGGCGCCCGUUGGAAGCCCUUCGGCUGGCGGCGCGGCGGCUGCGGCGGCUGCGAUGGAUGCGCUGGCCACCCGCAUCUCCGUGCCGGCGGCGGGCCUGGGCGCAGCUGUGGGCGCAAGUAAUGGUGGUGCGGAUCCGGGUGUUGGAAACGCGGCUUCGAGCAGGUCAUUCGGUGGCGUGAAGGAGAGCUGGGCGCAGCGGGUGUUCGAGCGCGUGUCGCAGCCCGGUGGCAAGCAUUAGCGUGCGAUACGAUUGACCAAUUGACGUGCGAGAUGACCGCAUCGGACCUGAAGGAAUCAACAAAUGAAGCACAGGAUGCAGGUAUGCAUGUCAUACGGGGUCAGGAGGGGUUAGUGCGAGUCAGCGAUGUGGACGCGCUGCACUCUGCCUUGUUACGGUGGUGACGGACAACGGAACGGUGGUCAGCGCCUUUUAUGACAGGCUGUGCGAUGUGUGAAGGGGGGGGGGUGAGAGUGCCGGAGAAGUGUUUGGCUGGCGUACCUACAAUUAGGUUGACCUAAACUCUACUCCGGGGCACUGCACUUGGCUGUGAUCAUUGCAGAUGCACGGAAUGCGAGACGCGCAUGGGACGGUGAGGCAGUAUGGGGACUGUGACCACCUCCCCUACUGUAAUACUCCC